AUGGUUUUGCAGGUGCCAGCCAGCCAGCCAGCCAGCCAGCAAGCCAGUAGCAGCAACAGAAGCGGUCCAGCCAGCCGGCAGCAGCGGUCCAGCCAGUCAGCAGCGAUCCAGCCAGCAGCAACAGUCCAGCCAGCAGUGAUCCAGCCAGCAGCAGCGGUCCAGCCAGCCAGCAGCAGUCCAGCCAGCAGCAGUCCAGCCAGCAGUGGUCCAGCCACCAGCAGCGGUCCAGCUAGCAGCAGUCCAGCUAGCAGCAGCGGUCCAGCCAGCAGUGGUUCAGCCAGCAGCAGCGAUCCAGCCAGCCAGCCAGCAGCGGUCCAGCCAGCAGCAGUCCAGCCAGCAGCGGUCCAGCCAGCAGCGGCGGUACAGCCAGCAGUGGUCCAGCCAGCAGCAGCAGUCCAGCCAGCAGCGGCCCAGCCAGCAGCAGUGGUCCAGCCAGCAGUGGUCCAGCCAGCCAUCAGUGGUCCAGCCAGCAGCAGUCCAGCCAGCAGUGGUCCAGCCAGCAGCAGCAGUCCAGCCAGCCAGCAGUGGUCCAGCCAGCAGCAGUCCAGCCAGCAGCGGUCCAGCCAGCAGCAGUCCAGCCAGCAGCAGUCCAGCCAGCAGCAGUCCAGCCAGCAGUGGUCCAGCCAGCCAGCAGCGGUCCAGCCAGCAGCAGUCCAGCCAGCAGCAGUGGUCCAGCCAGCAGUGGUCCAGCCAGCAGUGGUCCAGCCAGCAGCAGCGGUCCAGCCAGCCAGCAGCAGUCCAGCCAGCAGCAAUCCAGCCAGCAGUGGUCCAGCCAGCAUCAGCAGUCCAGCCAGCAGCGGUCCAGCCAGCAGGAGCAGUCCAGCCAGCAGUGGUCCAGCCAGCAGCAGCGGUCCAGCCAGCCAGCAGCGGUCCAGCCAGCAGCAGUCCAGCUAG